AGAGUGUACAUUGUAUGUGCAUGUAACCAAGCUGUUGUGAUGGUGCCUGUGACUAGGUGGCAGUGCCACCAUAUCUAUGACCAGAGGAGUGUUGGAGGUACGUUUGGUGUGAUUGAAUUUAUCUCAAUGUAGCUGUUCCAUAGUCUGAGCAUUAGUGCAUACAGACGUCCACAACAUGGCGAAUGUCAUUUGGAUUUUGUUCACAGAAAUAAUAUGCUCAUUAUUGUUGAGGGAACACCCUUGCUUUUGUUGUCGUGUCAGAAACACUUGUGGCUGCAGACAUGACCUGCGUCAUUUCACCGGGCAAAUGUAGAUUGCACUCUGGCUAGAAGUGUCUGUCUGGAAACAGGGCUGCUCAGCAUAUGUCUGAGUCUGGUUAAGAUUUGUAAGAUUACCAAACAGGCUAGUGUUGAGUCUGAGCGCACAUGUGAGGUCACAUUAAAUCCGAUGGUUGUCGAUUGCUGGCAUGAUCUGGAUAACACCGAGUAUGACUGUUGGCCAUUAGAUAGCCCUAAUGAUUACAACAUGAUCAACUGUGGAGGGCUGGAGAUGUCGUGGGUGCUGCGGCCACCGGAGAAAGUGACGGACGGGGAGGAGUUCAAUGUCACCUACACCAUCACGGCAUCAGACGACUUCUACGAGUAUGCAGUCAAAAACAAAAUAUUCCAGUUCAGCAACGCCUCCGAAGCCAAAAGGUUUUGUGAGAAGCACGACUGUCCCGCAAAUUGGAACAGCGCCAACGAGAUCAACUGUUGCAUUUACCAUGCAAACAUUCACUCCUGCCCUCUGGCUCUCAUGAGGCACGGCGGUAUUUGUGGCCCGUGGAUCCCUGAUGACGGGAAGAUUGUGACACACACCGUGUCCAAAGCAGGAAAGAUGAGCAAGAAGUUCUGGACAUCAAAGGUGGUUCUCAUUCAUGUAGGAGUGACCUCAGUCAUUGCACAUAUCAAAAUUGGACAUAUGCAUGCAGCUCUGGAGUCCAAGGUGCUGGUUGUCAGUGCUCAAGUGUGUGGGGAUGACGUCUGCGAGCUGGAGGAGAGCUGUCUCACGUGCCCGGCGGACUGUGGUGCCUGCCCCAUGUCCAUCACCAUCAAGGUGGCCAUCGGACUGCCCGUCACACUCUUCUUCGGUGGCUUCAUCUUAACCAUGGUGUGGUUCCAGUACCAGAAACAGAAGAUGUUUUGGGACGAAAGCUGGAUUAUCAACUAUAAAAAUAUAAUGUUUGGUAAAGUGUGUUACAUGGGCUUCUGCAGUACGACCAGUCUCCAGCCAGUGAAGAGUAACUCCAGUGUGAGCCGAACUACAGACGUGACAGUCUGCACUGUGGUCAACACCACCUACAAGCAGAGCUUCAUCCAGCCUGCCAUUUAUGAUGGAAGGACUGUAGCAGUGAAACACAUCCAGAAUAAACACUUCACCCUCUCCAAAACUAUCAGGAGGGAGGUGAAAGAAGUGAGGGAACUGGAUCACCCAAAUCUCUCCAAGUUUAUUGGUGGUUCCAUUGAGGUCCCCUACGUCAGUAUCAUCACUGAGUACUGCCCCAAAGGAAGCCUAGCUGAUGUCCUCCUGAAUGAGGAUGUGCCAAUCAACUGGGGGUUCAGGUUGUCCUUUGCUACUGAUAUAGCCCGUGGAAUGGCUUAUCUCCACCAACACAAGAUGUUUCAUGGCAGACUUCACUCAAGGAAUUGCGUCAUUGACGACCGCUGGGUUUGCAAAAUCUCAGACUAUGGCCUGACAGCCUACAGAAAGGAUGACUUUGAGGUAGUCAGUAAUGGGUUCCACUGUGAGGAUACCUACCGUAUAUACUAUGCCCCUGAGGUCCUCCUAGGAAGCAGCUCUAAUGUCACUCCGGCUGCUGACAUUUACAGCUACUCUAUCAUCUUAGUUGAGAUUGCCACUCGCUCUGACCUCCUUUCAGACCAAACAGAGGGCGUGAAGUUGGAUAUCACGUGGCGCCCUUCCCUGCCUGAACUGAAAGCUGGGAAAGCGGAUACUGAUUGUCCUGACCGGGGAGAUUACUGUGAGCUGAUCAAGAAGUGCUGGUCUCAAAAUGUCACAUUGAGACCGACUUUUGAGCAGGUGAAGAAGAUGCUGGAUAAAAUGAACCCACACAAAGUCAGCCCUGUGGACAUGAUGAUGAAUCUGAUGGAAAAGUACAGUAAGCAUUUAGAGGCCAUUGUAGCGGAGAGAACACAGGAUCUUCUCCAAGAGAAACAAAAGACAGACUGUUUGCUAUACAGUAUGUUACCAAAGCCGGUGGCCGAUGACCUUCGUCAGGGUCGCACAGCAGAGGCUCAGAGCUACUCCAAUGCUACAGUCUACUUCAGUGACAUUGUGGGUUUCACAGAGCUCUCUGGCUCAAGCACUCCUCACCAGGUGGUGGACUUUCUAAAUCAGCUCUACACCACGUUUGAUGACAUCAUUGAUAAUUAUGAUGUCUACAAGGUGGAGACUAUAGGAGACGCUUACAUGGUGGUCUCUGGUGUUCCCAAUGAGAAUGGCAUAAACCAUGCGGGGGAGAUCGCCAGCAUGGCUCUGGGUCUGGUCAAUGUUUGCCAUGCCUUUAAAAUCCCACACAAGCCCACCACGCAGUUGAGGAUACGAGCUGGCAUACACUCAGGACCCGUAGUUGCUGGUGUCGUGGGAACCAAAAUGCCACGGUAUUGCUUAUUCGGUGAUACAGUGAACACAGCAUCGCGGAUGGAAUCAACAAGCGAAGCUCUGAAGAUCCAGGUCAGUGGAGCCACUGCUGACCUGCUAAACACACUGGGAGGUUACACUCUGAUCUGCCGAGGAUCACUAAACGUCAAGGGAAAAGGUGAAAUGACGACUUGGUGGCUGGAAGCAAAGAAAGAAGAAUCCUCUGACCCACUCCUCAGAUCCACCGAGUUCAGAGGAGUCCCUGUGCCAGUUAGCAACUAGCCAACUACUAGCCUUCAUAGUCUCUGUCUGCAUAAUAUAUGGACCACAGUUUGUGUUUAACAGCUGUAUUGUGCAAUUGAUAUCAAAUAUAUUUCUAUACUGCCCGAGAGUCUUGGAGCUGUAUGGUGAGUUUGUACAGUGAUUUUAUGUUCUGGCAGUUAUUGUAUUUAUUCAUAUCCAUAUGGGGGAUAUAUACUUGAUAUGUGCACUCAUAUUAUACACUGCUCAAAAAAAUAAAGGGAACACUAAAAUAACACAUCCUAGAUCUGAAUGAAUGAAAUAUUCUUAUUAAUUAUUUUUUUUACAUAGUUGAAUGUGCUGACAACAAAAUCACACAAAUUAUCAAUGGAAAUCAAAUUGAUCAACCCAUGGAGGUCUGGAUUUGGAGUCAUUACUCAAAAUUAAAGUGUAAAACCACACUACAGGCUGAUCCAACUUUGAUGUAAUGUCCUUAAAACAAGUCAAAAUAAGGCUCAGUAGUGUGUGUGGCCUCCAAGUGCCUGUAUGACCUCCCUACAAUGCCUGGGCAUGCUCCUGAUGAGGUGGCGGAUGGUCUCCUGAGGGAUCUCCUCCCAGACCUGGACUAAAGCAUCCACCAAACUCCUGGACAGUCUGUGAUGCAACGUGGCGUUGCUGGAUGGAGCCAGACAUGGUGUCCCAGAUGUGCUCAAUUGGAUUCAGGUCUGGGGAACGGGCGGGCCAGUCCAUAGCAUCAAUGCCUUCCUCUUGCAGGAACUGCUGACACACUCCAGCCACAUGAGGUCUAGCAUUGUCUUGCAUUAGGAGGAACUCAGGGCCAACCGCACCAGCAUAUGGUCUCACAGGGGGUCUGAGGAUCUCAUCUCGGUACCUAAUGGCAGUCAGGCUACCUCUGGCGAGGACAUGGAGGGCUGUGCGGCCCCCCAAAGAAAUGCCACCACACACCAUGACUGACCCACCGCCAAACCGGUCAUGCUGGAGGAUGUUGCAGGCAGCAGAAUGUUCUCCACAGCGUUUCCAGACUGUCACGUCUGUCACAUGCGCUCAGUGUGAACCUGCUUUCAUCUGUGAAGAGCACAAGGCGCCAGUGGCGAAUUUGCCAAUCUUGGUGUUCUCUGGCAAAUGUCAAACGUCCUGCACGGUGUUGGGCUGUAAGCACAACCCCCACCUGUGGACGUCGGGCCCUCAUGGAGUCUGUUUCUGACCGUUUGAGCAGACACAUGCACAUUUGUGGCCUGCUGGAGGUCAUUUUGCAGGGCUCUGGCAGUGCUCCUCCUGCUCCUACUUGCACAAAAACAUCAGCCAGGAAGCAUAGGAACUGAGAAGUGGUCUGUGGUCCCCACCUGCAGAACCAUUCCUUUAUUGGGGGUGUCUUGCUAAAUGCCUAUAAUGUCCACCUGUUGUCUAUUCCAUUUGCACAACAGCAUGUGAAAUUUAUUGUCAAUCAGUGUUGCUGCCUAAGUGGACAGUUUGAUUUCACAGAAUUGUGAUUGACUUGGAGUUACAUUGUGUUGUUUAAGUGUUCCCUUUAUUUUUUUGAGCAGUGUAUAUUGUAAUGGAGAUGGAUGGGGGAGAGGGAAUAAGCACAAAAUUUGAUUAGCCAGUGUAGAAUUCAAAGCACAAGUCACAUGAUUUUUUCUUGCGUCUCUAACAUUGCCGCCAACAAGUCUAAUGACCACCAGAAUCACACCCCAAAUGCCAUAGGAUAUCUGGAAAAUAAUCAAUUGCAGAGAUGUAGUCUAAUUGUCCACAUAGUCCAAUAUGAUGAAUUGAAAUGCACAGUGUUGUAGCAUAUAUUAUAUUCUGAUAUUAUCUUUACCUGAUUUGAUUCCAUGUGUAAAAUACUGUAAGCACGUUAUUGUUCUGUAUUGCUAUGUAGCACCUUUUGUUGGUAGGGAGGUUGUGUUUUCUGUUGCAUUUCCCACACACCUCAUUGCUACCAAAAUAAGAAUUAAACUGUGAUCCUUCUGAA